AUGGGCGCGCGGAAACCCGAGAGCAAAGUUCUCAUUUCCGACUGCAUUGUGCAGGACUUCGUGGCCCAGGGACGCGGGGAGGGUGCCGGGGAGGCGGCCGUGGGCCUAUGGGUGCAGCACGGGGAUGAGGGCCAGGACCUGCGCCUGCCCCCGGGGACAUCAGCACUGGGGCUGGAGCGUCGGCACAAUGCAUCCCCCCACUACAGAAUGGCCAUAGGGAGCAGGAGCCACACGUGGCAUGAGUUUGGAAGCUCUCAGCCAGGUGUGCCUCCUGCCGAGGACCACAAAGCAGAGGGGACCCCGUUAUGGAGCAGCGCAGCCGCAUCGCUCGGGGUGCACGUGGGGGCCCAUCCCGCACCCCACAGAACUGCUUGUUAUUCUCCUCAGGUCUGCCGCCAGCUAAUGGAGCUGGUUCCAGGAGAGCUGCCACGUUCAUUGGGAGAGUGGCGCGUUAAUGAGGCCCCUGCCACUGCAGCUGGGACCAGCACUCGGGGCACUGCAACGGGGACAGGCAGCGGAUGGAUGGAUGGAUGGACGGACGGCUCAGCGGGGCCGGAUGCAGGGGAUGCUGGAGCACGCGAGGAUGCUGGAAGAUGCGGGGAUGCUCAGCUGUGCGGGGAUGCUGGAGCAUGCAGAGAUACCCGUGUGCAGCGAUGCUCCGGCGUGCAAGGAUUCCUGCACACACCGCACUCUCUCACUGCAGUGCCUCGAGGCCGCUGUUUCCAGCAGCGCUCCUCCACUGCCACCUACAGAGCGGGACCAGGAGGGCACCGGGCCGGGGGCGGCCCUGAGUCAGCCCCGCUGGGGGGGUCCCCGUAAUCCGGAGCUCAGAGCCCGUGCUGGGGCCGGGAGG